AUGUCGUCCUCUGUAUACUUCAAGUUCAAGUCGCAGAAAGAACCUACUCGUGUAGCAAUCGAUGGACCUCACACUGAUGUCUGGAACCUCAAACGUGAAAUCAUCACCUUAUCACGUCUCGGAGAUGGCACAGAUUUCGACCUCAAGAUCUACAAAGAGAACUCAGAUGAAGAAUACACCGAUGAUACCGAGAUAAUACCCAAAGAUUCGACAGUCAUUGCUCGACGAGUACCAGCAGCAGUUCCUGGUAAAGGCAGGGCAGCUCGGUAUGUCUCAGGAAAGCCACCAGCUAGUGCGAAGCCGACAGCGGCAGCUGCAAGAUCUCAAGUUGCUGCAGCAAUGGACAGUGCUCUGACCGAGGAGGAAAGACUGAAGGCCAUGCUCAAGAUGACGGAUGCACAAUGGCAACAGAAACAAGAAGAAAUGUCACACGACCAGAGAAUUCAUCUCUCUGGCCAGAAACCUGGACGGAAAGCAAACGUGCCUGAGGGUGAGCCUCCUCAUGGUUACGUCUGCUAUAGAUGCGGCGACAAAGGUCAUUGGAUUCAAGCUUGCCCAACGAAUGACGAUGCUUCAUACGACAACAGAACAAGGAUAAAGAAGACGACCGGUAUCCCACGGUCUAUGUUGCAAAAGGUGGAACGGUCAGAAAUAGAGAACCUCGAUGAGCAACAAAGAUCAAAUGUUAUGCUUACGUCUGAAGGAGAAUACGUGGUGGCUCAGGCGGACAAGAAGACCUGGCAGAAAUUUCAAGACCAGAAGAAUGCUACAGACCAAGCACAAAAAAAUGUGGAAUCUGGAGACAAGCAGUUGCAGGAACUUGGCUUGGAGUGCCCCAUUGACAAACGAAUGUUUGUAGAUCCAAUGAAGACACCUUGUUGUGGGAAGACGUAUUGUCAUGAGUGCAUCGAGAAUGCUCUUCUUGACAACGACCUUGAAUGUCCGGGUUGUCAUACAGCCAACGUCUCACUCGAGCGUCUCGAGCCAGAUGAAGACAUAAAAAAUAAGAUAAAGGACCAUGCUCAGAAGAAAGAUGGUGGUAGUCCUACUAUGCCAAAUGCUGCAUCACCCAAAUCAGUACAAGCUUCUAACGACUCUCGUCCUGGAUCUCGUGAUGGAGUAACAUCGCCAAAAUCUCCUGGCAGUAUUGUUGGCAAGAAGCGUAGUGCUUCGGACGUUACAGAGACGAAUGUCAAUCUUUCAGUGCCAGCCCCAGCUAUGAAGCGCCAGAAGUCAGGAGGUUCUGACGAAGGAUCAACCAAGUCAGCUACUGACAAUUCGAUGUCUGCUUCCACAGUCGAUCCCAACAAUCCCACCAUGGAGCAGAUGCAAGCCAUGAUGAAGCAAAUGGAAAACAUGCCGCAAAACAUGAAUGGUAUGAACGCCGGUAUGGGCUUCUCUGGUAUGAUGCCAUACAACAUGCCGAAUCCUAUGAUGCCAGUAAUGCCUGCGAUGCCCGCAAUGAAUCCAAUGAUGAUGAUGAACAUGAUGAUGAACGGCAUGGGUGGAAUGCCACCGGUCAACAUGAACGGAGGCAAUGGAAUGGCUAACGGCAUGAAUGGCGGGUUUCCAAACAACAAUACCUUCAACAGCAACUUCAACAACAACCACAACGCCAACGGUCAAGGCUGGAAUAACAACAACAACAAUAACUACUACCAUCAAAAUCAAAACCAAUACGGCCCAAAUCGAGGCAACGGCUACCGCAACAAGAAGUUCCACACCCAGCACAAUCAUCCUCAUCCCCAACAACACAACGCCUUCCAGCAGCAGCAAAAGCCCGCCUCAUCCAUGCAGCAACAACAGCAAAAUACCCACGCAAUCGACCUAUCCAACGUCCCCAAGGGUCCCAAAUCAAUGAAAACUGGUGGCGGUGGUGGUCCUCCCGUCGUACCUGGUGCGCCGACAGGACCCAAAUUCUCGAACCAGCAGAGACAUGUAGGGAAUGAGGAGGACAACGCGUACAUGAGACAGCCUGUGAAUCCACAUAGGGCGAUGAAUAGGAUGAACGGGAGGAAGGGGAUGAGGAAUGCGGAUUAUAAGGAGUUGUGA